AAUGUUUGUGGGUGACUGACGCGAUGCACAACGAAUUCCUGGCAGUGACUUAAGAUCAUUCAUUGAUUUUUAAAGGAAAGUUUAAUUGGCCAAGAAAGACAUGAAGGAUUCAUCGAAAAAAAUGCCAAGUAAAACACCUAAGAAAGGCUACACAGCUUCACAGAAAAGGUCACCAGGAACACCCAAAUCUCCAGGAUGGAUAUCAGGCAGAGAUGCUGUGUUUAUAUCACCAAAGUCUUUGUCUCCCAAAAUAAUUAAUAAAAGAAGAACAUCAGUUUAUCAGAAGACAAAAAUAAUGUCCCCAGGACUGAAGAUCACACAAAUGAUUUCUCCUAAAGGUGUCCAGACAAGAUCAAGAAGAUCAUCAAUGUUUGGUGUCUAUAGAAAGGGAGGAAUAAGGUUAAUAGAUAUUCCUAUCACACCUGACGCCAAAAAGAUUUCACCAGCCAAAACUCGAACACGAAGGACAUCUGUAUAUCAGAAAGACACUCAAAACAGAACAAACAGAAGAACCUCUGUAUACCAGAACGACCUAACAAAAGAUGCUCAACAGAGAACAAAUAGGAGAACAUCAAUGUAUCAAAAGCCCAAAGACGUUCAACCAAAACAAGUAACUAAAAAAGCACCAGAACCGAUCAAACUACCAACCAGGAGGGUCAGAAAGAGAAGUCCAGUAGAAACGGAAGUGUUCAUAAAUGUUAAGAAACAAGUUGUUCAAUCACCAGUAGUCAGUCUAGUAGAUAUCAUCUCACCAAGUAAGAUACCAUCACAGAAGAAUUCACCUGCACUAAACAAGUCCAAGUCAGAAGGAACUGUACAAACUCCGUCCACGGCAAACAAGUCUCAGGGAAUGACUCAGCUUCAAAAGAGUGUGUCAGAAACACUAAGUUUUAAAACUCCAAAACAGCCUGUACGUUCCUCUAUAAAAUCUAGUGUAAGGAAGUCCAGCAGAAAGACAUCAACUAAAAAACUGAGUCCUAAUGAAUCAAAACAAAUACUGGAAGAAAGAAAUACUCCAGCAACAGCUAAAAAAGGAUCUAUAACAGUUACAGAUGAAGAAAGUUUGUUAAUUACAUUCAAAACACCUGCACCACAGGGAUCCAUCAGUAGGUCUACAAGAAAGCGAAAGGCAGUUGAAAAGAUUAGUCCACCUGCAAAGAAAUGUAUACUUGACCUGUCACCCGUAGAAAAAGUUCCAUUUAAAACCCCAUACAAGUUAGAUAAAUCACCUGUUCUGUUGUUGAAAAGAACACCACUUACUGAUGUGUUCACAAGUACACCCAGAGAGAUGCAAUCUAACACUCCAUUAAAGGUUUCGACCUUAGGAAGAAAAAGUCUCAAGAGAUCUAUGCAUACGUUAAAGAAGACCAAAAAAGUUUCAAUAGUUUCUGAUUUAAAAACUCCAGACAGUAACAGACAAAGUUUGACAGCAAAGAGGAAAAGUACACCUGCCAAAGUCAGUAGUGAGAACUAUGAAUCAUCACCUAAUGUUACAUUGUCAGGAGAAAACAAGGUGAAUCAAACAGUUACCUCAAUAGGGGGUAACACAACUUCUCAUUCUAGUGCUGGGAGAUGUACUAUUCUUUAAAGGUUGUAACAUUGUAGCUAAUUAUAUUUUAAUUUUGUAUUGUGAUCAGAAAAUAGAACUUUUCCAAUUUUUGUAGAAAUUUUUCUGUAUAUGCAAGAAGAAGUACAUAUCAAUUGUGAAAUGUCUUUCAAACUUCGACUUGUAUCAAAAUACAAAUGUCAACAUCAUAUUUCAAAGACUUGAAACUGUCAAAUUCUGUUUUGCUGAAUGGUUAACAUUUUCAGUGUUGAGAAAUAAUGUAAACAUGAUCUUUAAUGAUUUGAGUAUGUAGUACAUUUCUUUUAUACAAACUGCUGAAUUAUCAAUCUGAGAUACACAAUGAAAUGUUACUUUAAAAUACAUUCAACACAUUCAAUUUUUCAUAAUACUUAUGAAUGGAUACAUUGAUAUAGGUCUGUUUAUAUUUAUAAUAAUGUAAAUUUUCUAUUCUGGGUUUUUGUUGUGCAAUUUUACAAAUAUAUCUCAUCCUGUGUCACAAUACCUCAUGACAGGUAGUUUUUCAAAUCAUUGUUGUCAAUCUUACAGGGAUAGUUGUAUCAUUGGCACUCCCACAACAUAUCUAUAUUUUUGAUAUAUCCAUGUUUAAUUUGCUGGUUGUGAAUAGCUGCUUUAGAAUUAUAAGAAAAUGAAAUUAUAUUCUGCAAACAAAGCCAGAAACUUUUUUUAAAAAUUAUUGGUAAAUUAUUUACGGGUAGCUUUAGUAAGCAGUAAGUCAUAAAUCAAUUGAAUGCAAACCAAAUUUAAUUAUUUUAAUAACGUACAAAAAUGUAGCAAUAAGAAUAAGAAAAGUUCUAAUUCUUGACCUUUGUUUUAUCAAGAUCUCAAGAGAUGAAAGAAAAUGGCAUUUAGGUAUUUUAUUGAUGAUUUUUGUAUAUAAGUUUGUUAUUUAUUUUUUGUUAAGUAUAAAAUGGUGAUAGACUGGAAACAAUAGAAAGUCUGUUAACCACAGCUUUCGACCUGCCUUUCAUUCAGACAUCAAAAACAUGUUAAAGAAGUUAUUGGAGUAAGACUGAUUAUCAUAAUUGGAUACAAACUGGUUCUUUUUUCUUUUUAAAUAUUGGUUUACAUGUGUAUAUCUGAUUAUUUAUAAAAUAACUAAGUGACAAGUUUGAAUGUUAAAAAUAUCCAUUGGUGGUCAAACAACACUUGUUUUCACUAGUCCUCUUUGUUGUUCAACCACAACAUAUUUUUAUGUUAAUUUGUUUGAACGAGAAAAUACAUCAAUUAUCACAAACUUGAAAAUUGUUUAUAAUGACUUCAAGUAAAGACAAAAUGACUUUUGUUUCGACCUGCUUACUACUUUAAAUUUAACUUGAGGUACAUAUGAUGUCUGUCAUAUAGUUGAUCAUUUUAUUUGCUUUGAUUUAUUUUGGGCGAGAGUUGUUUAGAGAUGAAGAGAGGUUUAUACAGUAUGAUUGAGAAACAAUUAUUAUGUGUUCAGAAUUAAAUGGUUGUGUUUGCAAUAGACAAAGAUUGGACAGAAUUUAGUAUGUGGCAAUGACUUUUAAACUCUCAGUUUAAACAUAUUUGUAUAUUUUAUUUGGAUACCAUUUUUACUUGUGAGAUUUUAUUUAUACACCACCAAGUGUAAAAGUCUUAUAAAAAUAUUGAUCAUGUUAUUUAUGUCUCACCCUGACUCUAGAUUUUAUUUGGAGUAUAAAUAUAUUUCUUUUUCCUAAAUUCUUCCUUGUCUAUCUUUCCUUUGUCCAUUUAUUUGUAUGAUUCGAUUUUAUCAUGGUUUGGUUUUGUUAAACUUUGUAAACAAUUAGCCAAUUUGAUUUAACUGAUUCUGUAUAAAAAAUACUUAUACUGUACUGUUUAAACAAUAUGAAAGUUUAUAUUUAGUGGUGUCAUCUUAGAAAGACAGAUAUUAUUGUGACACUACAGAAGCUAUAAAUGCAAAUAAAACAGAAAAACUAUUAUUUAUACUGAUAGAUGGACAGUUUUUCCUUCUUUUCUUUUUACAUUGUAAGAUGUUGCAGAUGUACAUUGUAUAUACAAAUAGUUUGUUGAUAGAGUUUAAAUGUCAUGGUGAAUAUAAUACAUUUACUAUGCUGUUUAAAUUCACAGCUUGUAUUAAAAUGAAUUAUUGUGAGGGGAAUGUAUUUUUUAUACAGAUAACAGUUUUGCUACAAGUUUGAUUUUUUUUUUUUUUUUCAAUUAUAUACAUUUUCCUUGGUGCCAAAUAUAUGCAUUAUCUUUUAUGCUAAUUAGACUAUUAAAUAGUAUUGGUUUUGUAUUUCACUAUGGUAUUUAUAUAUUCCAGUAGUUUCUUUUAUUUCUACAUAAAUAUUAACCUUAAUUUUAAGCUGUAGUUUUUAUCAAACAUUUAAAGAAAAGUUUUUAGAAAUACUCAUCAAUUUACACUUCAAACUUAGUUUAUGAUUGUAUUUGAUCAAUCACUGUAGGCAGGUGAGUGUUUUGGAUUUUCAAAUCAUUCACAAUUUUAUUUUCAUUUUAAAGAUUUAAUUUUUGAUGCAAGAUGCUGUUAUCUGGUGAAAUAUGUCAGUAUGAUAGAGUCAACGGGAGGGAGUGAUAUCUAAUGCUUUUGUCAUAAACUAUAUAUAUAUGUCUUCUAUAAUAAGUUGAGUAAUCAUUAUGUUUUAAAAAUAAUUGAGAACAUAACUGCAUUCAGGGUUUGAUGUUAAGACAGGAAAAAAAAUUAAGAGAAGAUUUUUCAUAACUUAUACAUGAAAUUUAGACUACAGCCGGAUAAAGGAUAGUUUAAACGUCUUUUGUUCUACAUUUAAUAUUUAAAAAAUAUUUAAAAUGUGAAUUCAUAGUCUACUCUAAGAGGGCUAGAGUAGUCUGAUAUUAUUAAAAAGGUGAAUCUUUAGAAUUUGAUAGAUUAUUUAAUUAUCAGUUAUGGUCAGAUAAAGGAGUUGACUGUUUUUUUUGGGGGAAAAGGGGGGUUGAAGAUAGAAGGUUAAUGACAAAAGUAUUAUUUUCUAUUGUCGUGAGUGGAAAGUGAAGUGAGAUGUAAAAAUAAAUGUAAAUACUGACUUUGUUGGCUCUUCCAAUGGCAGCUGGAGAAAACAAGUUUUGUGUUGUAGCUUUCUUAGUAUCUUAACUUGCUGAAAUAUUAUUUUAUGUAUUAAAUCAUUUUAUCAUCUUAA